UAAAUUGGACGUAAUUGGCAAAUCGCUUCUCAUUCACUUACUCUCAACAGUUGUGGUCCACUCAUUUUGCAGCAUGUAGCCCAUUGUACGCUCGAAACCAUCGCGUUCUAAAUAUCCCAAAGGGUCCAAUUUAUUUCUUCUUUUUCAUAUAAGAAAUGGAACGCUAUUCUCUCUGCAGGUUGUUGCAGCGGAAGUGAAGACCUACCCGUGAUCUUUUCCAUAGAUGCCCAUUUGUACGCCAUUUCUCGUUACGACAGUAUUGAACAACUUUGAUGUGACGACAAACCUCCGGAUUAUAUGACUAGUCAUGUGACUAGAACUGUGUCAUCACCGACGUAACAACUGCCCACUCUUCUCUCUGUCUUUCUUUAUUGUGACAUCCCACGCAGUUCCGAGCUGUUCGGCACACAUAGGAGAGUGGUUCACCCUUUAUAAGGAGACGACACAGCAUUGGCCCAUUUAGUAACGAGGAGAAACUACGCCGAGAAGUACCGUUCUUCGUCCGACGUGUUGAGCUCCGAAGUGCGCCGUGACAGCUACGGAAAACAGAUCAACGACAGGAAUGACUGGCCCACUGGCGUUCUCCCUCCUGGUGGCUCUGUCCUGUUCGGUACUGGUCAACUCGGCAACGCUGCCCGCCUACCGCCCCGACCUCUACCACACAGCAGCAGGAGACCCCGCCGUGGACUGGAGACAACUGUGGCGGGAGCUCCUGCAGUCCGGUAUCGUGCCCGACAGGACGGCGUCGACCCGGCACUACGACAGGCGGGCGCCCCUGGGUCUCCCCGGGAAGAGAGCCGAGCCGACGAUGCGACCGUAUGAGGGUGACGACGACGACCUGGCGAUGAUGGAGAGGUCCAACAGAAGAAGAGUUCCGCUGUUCGGCUUCCCCGGGAAGAGGAUGUCUUCUUGGAACGUCCUGGAAAAGAAGGCACCGUUCGCUCUUCCGGGAAAGAGGGGUGGGGAGGAGACGCAGAACGUCGACCUUGUUCCAGAGGCGUGGGUUUUCCCGGACAAGCCCACCCUAUCCAGAAGAGCCCCUUCUCUGGCACUACCUGGCAAACGGUAGAUGUACUGUCCGCUAUGGGACGUCAUAUAUAACGUUAUAUAUCGUCCUUGGUCUGCAGAAGCUCAAGCAGAAAUCGCGAAAUGUACAGUAUGACGAAGUCACUGAAGCGAAAUUAAAAAAAAAAGAAAAUCAGAAAUGUAUUUUCUUUUCUUCAUAUGGCUUUUUUUUGUCGAUUCGUGGUUAGACAACAAUUGUAUGAUGAUGACGUCCUGAACAACGGCAUAGGAUAAAAAGUAGGGACUGAAUUUAGGAGUGACGUUGAACUUGAAAGGGAAUGUAAGCAGAACUGCAAAGUUUCAGGUAGAGCUACACAACAUGGCUCAGGUAGAAAAAAAAGUCAUCUGAUGAAAAUACAGAAAGCUAAAGAAACUAAUGUGUUUAAAUACAACAUUCAGCAAUUUAAUAAAUGAUGUGAC